AUGCCAGAUACUGUCUCCUGCUAUGACAACCAGGACGCCCAGGGGCUCCCAACAGCUGUUGUAGGCCUGCUGGAGCAGGAGUGCGGCGUGGUCAUCGAGGGCGUCAACACGCCCUACCUGUACUUUGGCAUGUGGAAGACCACCUUCGCCUGGCACACGGAGGACAUGGACCUUUACAGCAUCAACUACCUGCACUUCGGGGAGCCCAAAACCUGGUACGCGGUGCCCCCGGAGCACGGCCGGCGCCUGGAGCGCCUGGCCACCGAGCUGUUCCCGGGCAGUGCCCGUGCCUGUGACGCCUUCCUGCGGCACAAGGUGGCUCUCAUCUCGCCCACGGUCCUCAAGGACAACGGGAUCCCCUUCAAUCGGAUCACUCAGGAGGCUGGCGAGUUCAUGGUGACGUUUCCCUAUGGCUACCACUCUGGCUUCAACCACGGCUUCAACUGCGCAGAAGCCAUCAACUUCGCCACCCCGCGAUGGAUCGAUUAUGGCAAAGUGGCGUCUCAGUGCAGCUGCGGGGAGGCCAGGGUCACCUUCUCCAUGGACGCCUUCGUGCGCAUCCUGCAGCCUGAGUGCUAUGAGCUGUGGAAGCGCGGGCAGGACCGGGCUGUUGUGGACCACACGGAGAGCCCACCUCGCCAGACAAGGGGGAGCUCAGCGCCUGGGGGGGGGGGGGGAGGUCUGCCCAGGAUCUCCACCCAGUUGGCAGACAUGAGUUGUCAUCAUCGUCGUCAGGAACAGGAGGCUCAGGAGUCAACUGCCCAUGCCUGGGCCAAGACGCGCUGCAUACUCCGGACCCGAGGCUAG